GGCUGCUCCAGUACACGCUGGCACAUCUACCCUUUUCAACUUCAUGUCGCGAUCCUUGUGUGAGGGUCUGAAUCUUCUGGCGUAGGCACAGCGCCUACAGUCUUGCAGAUGGAUUAUUCUUCACGCCUGUCCUACGCAACAUCCCACAAGACAGGAUCAGGAUCGCCCGAGUCUCCAAACGCUGAGUCGGUAUCGACUCAGCUAGAUCAAUUUUCAGCCGCAAUCUGCCUCGGCUCAGGCAACAAUGGACUACUAUCGCCUCCUUAAUCCCAUCUCUACGGACUGCGAAGGUCGAAAUCACGUCAGGAACGUCGUAGAAUGUGCCUAUCCGCCCAUUGAGGUCGGAGAGACAGCCGACAGGCUCUUCGAAGACGUGGGGAGACGAGCCGAUAAGACGUUCUUUUCCCAGCGAAAGCUCCGGGAGCAUUUUGGCGAGGAUGAUAUCAUCAGGAGUCUCCUUGGUUGUGGUUGUCAGCAGUGCAAAGAUCAGCGAGGAGAGAGUCCUCUGGACGCCCUACGAUAUCAGCGAUACAUCCAUGACAAGGAUGCAUGGAUGCUGCUGCCAAUCAUGGUGUACCUGGGAAAACUGCAUUUCAUCUACACAUGGCUAGACACCAUCGACGCUAGGACACGCGCCCCAGUACAAUGUUCCAAUGUUGCGUCACUCGAAAGCCUACUACCGGAUGAUCUGCAACGAAAGUUGUUCAUUUCGGCCUACGAGCGUGUCUUGAAGAUGUUUAACCCGUUCGUUUUCACGAUAGAUAAUUCCGGCACCGUCCCACCGAAGCGUGUGGUUCCUCAUGAACGAUUCCCGUUUCAAAAUGAACAGAAGCCCUCGCGCCAAGGACAAUUUGGAACUCUCCUAUACUUUGAGGUUUCGGAUGAGUACGUCGACAGGUCGGUCGCUUUUAGGAUGGACCAGGCUUACAAGAGCUCCAUAACGGGCACGGGAAAUGCCAAGACAUAUCGCUUUGCGAGAAAGAUCCUCAAGGCCGAUCCAGCCGAUGGCAUGGAAAAAGACAUGCUUCAACUGGUGUCCCAGAUCAAAGGUCAAGCUUCUGAUAACAUCAUCACCCUCCUGGCACUUUACUAUUGGGGCAAAUGCGUUCAUUACGUGUUUCCAUUUGUUGAAACAAGUCUUUACUCCGUCCUCCGAGAAGGCCACUUUCGAGAGGAGUUGUCUCCCGGUCCGCUACGUCUCCCAGAUCACUGGUUGUGGGUUCAGAUGGUUGGGGUGGCCCGGGCACUUAGUGCUAUUCACACCGGCAUAGACAAUCCAUUCUCUGAAGACGAGGGGAAAGUCAUAGCUUUUCAUUUUGACUUGAAGCCGGACAACAUUCUUGUCACGGCAGAUCGGCAGCUAAAGAUCACCGACUUCGGCCAAUCCAUCAUCCAGAUUGUCGAUACUGACGAAGAACGAUCAGCACCGCUCAAGCAGGGUGAUAUUAAGUACAACGCACCUGAAUCGCGGCUAAAUCGUCUAGAUGUACGACACAACUCCAGCGGCGAGCCGAGAGAUAUCCAAGUUCUUCUCAACUACGACGUCUGGUCACUCGCCUGUAUCAUGGUGGAGGUGUUGAUACUCUUGCUGGACGAGCGGCGCCACACAAAAUCAACCGAGCUGGAUGCCUUCGACAAGGAGCUGCAGGACGAGAAACCCGAAGUUGUAUUUUUUGGUGAUAAUGUCGUUAAAGAUUGCGUCAACCGAAAGGUCCUGUCCAUUGGGGAUAGGCUUGUUAACAUCCAUCCGACAGAUCAAGUCAAUAAGGACUAUGUCAUGGCCGUGUGCAAACUCAUAAUCCAAAUGUUCACUCACAACAAGGACCAUCGACCACAAUCCGACAGUGUUUUGAAGUGUCUGGAGGAAACACAUGACACCUAUCAACUCGCCUGGCAACUUCGCGGUGACAAAUUACGGACCUCAAUAAGGAGAAAGGAAUUAGCGAUGGAAGGGCCUGGGAGAUUCAAGGAGAUCGGGUGGUGUAAUGAGGACAAGGUGGUCUCAUUUCUCGAAAUGGGUGAAGUGAGUGUGAAGCUUCAUAGAACUGACCGGAGGGAGCUCGAUCCGCCCGAGAGUUGCCGAAUACAACUACUAUACAAAGCUGAGGAGGUUAGACCAGCACCUAAAUCAGCACAUUUCAUUCUCAAAUGGGGAUUUGAGAAACCAAAUCAAGAGCCCACAGUUCGUGGGUGUAUAAUCGAUACCGCCUUUGCGCAGCUUAUCCCUACAUACAUCUACCAAGACGAACCAGAUGAGGAUCAUCAGUGCACACUCUUUAAUGGCAUUAGAAAGAUUGGCAAUGGCUUGGAAAUUGUUAUCACGCUCGGAUUUCAGUCAAGAGGAGACGCUGAGGCUUUUCAAGGGGCAAUCCUUCAUCACAAAGUAAUUAAUGACUUCGGAGAGCCGAUCGUGGCCGAGGCAUCAUCCUGGACUGAAAGGUCGACUUCAAUCUGGCUCGGCAAGGAGGGCGAACCUUCGACAAUGGCUAGGUCCCAAAUCCAAUUCUGGGCCAAGGAGAAACCGAACUACUACAAGCAGCCGGAGACCCAGAUCACGAAGCCCGUGGCCAACAACAUCCGUCGUGCCAGCCUUACUUCCACACAUUCAAAUAACAGCCCCAGAAGUGUUGAAUCUGCCGCCAUGGCGCUUUUCGGCCCCGACAGAUCUCUUGUUCUAUUACCCUUGAACAUAGGCGAUAAACUUUUCAGUUUGGAGUCGGACCGCCAGGUCACGAUUUCUAAUAACAGCAGCAAUAAACACAAAUCGUUUAGAACCCUUCCUACACCUCUCUACAAUCCUUGGGACAAUGGAGAAUCAGAGUUCGCCUGCCCAAAUAUCCCGUUGGAGGAGAUGUUGUUUGAGAUGAGGAACGAGGGCCGAAAAUUGAAGAGAGCUUCGAUAACCUUGGCUAAGUCCAGAGAUAUGGCCUUGUUCAAGAGGGCUGCAGUGCAUGAAUGGAGUGCAUGAGCUCCGGGGCAUGGAGCUCAUGAGUCAAAUUCUAAGACGGCUGGGUGAGGAAUCUAAUAUUCAAUGUACAUAACUAUACCAUGUUUCCGUCUUCUCUAUAUGCAUUUUGUUGUUUCCGGUUCCGCCAUUCAAUCACCGCAUAGAUUAGCAUCGUUAAAGCUAUUAGGGGAAUGGCCAAUAUGGCGUAUAUCUUAAGACCAGGCUCCGCCAGCCACCCCGCUGCUCCAUCUCCUGCUGGUGUAACAUAGCCCAUCUGAAGGAAGUC